AUGGAAUUGACGUCGAUGGACACGCUGGGACACGCCGAGUCGUACUCGGGCCGUGAACGGCCGACGGCGCAGGCUCAGGCGAGGCGGCGACAGAUUAACGAUCGCGCAGUGAUUGAGAACCCGCUUGCCCACUACACGGAUGAACAGCUGGAAGCCGACGUAAAGUCGUUCGCUGAUCGGCUGACGGUCGAUACGACUGCUUUGCUCCGGGCUGCUCGCGUGGCCAAGGAUAUUAAAUUGUACGACGAAGUCGCGCGAAACACCUUCCCGGGCGCAGGCAAAGAUUUGCCGGUCCAGUUGACGUCGGAGGAGAAGCGUGCGCUGCGGCGGGAGCGUGAUGUUCCGUUCAGCGAGAGGGGUAUGUGGACUAUCAUCAUUACUGUCUCUCUUGCGGCAUUUCUCCAAGGCCAUGUUCAAGCAUCUCUUAACGGCGCAUCUCUGUACGCCAACGAGUUCGGUCUGAACAUGACACAGCCUCUGGAGUCAAACGACGAGAUUGUGAGCGGAAACAGGUUCGACGUCCGGCCAGAUGAUUGGAAGCUAGGGGCUGCCAACUCGUCACCAUUCCUAUUCGCCGCAGUACUCGGCUGUCCGUUGGCACUGCCCGUAAAUCACUAUCUCGGUCGCAAAGGUGGAAUGAUUGUCGCUGCUAUUUUGAUCUUUGCGAGCUCACUGGGUUCUGCCUUUGCUCAUACCUGGCAGGAGCUGUUUGCUAUCCGUCUCGUCAACGGCAUUGGCAUGGGACUGAAGGCAGUCAGUACCCCAAUCCUCGCCAGUGAAACUGCUGUCGGUUUCUGGCGAGGUACGUCCAUCCUCGCCUGGCAGCUGUGGGUUGCAGCAGGCAGCAUGAUUGGGCUCGCAUUCAACCUGAUAUUCGAUGUAUCCGGUAACAAGAGGCUCACCUUUCAACUCAUGGUCGCCGCCCCUCUCGUGCCUGCACUCGCACUCCUUCUCCUCGUCAUUUUCUUCUGUGACGAGAGCCCGCGAUACCUGAUGCGCGUGUCGAGUCCCCGCUACAACCCGCAACGGGCAUACCAAAUUCUCAGGAAGUUGAGGAAUACGGAGUUGCAGGCCCUCCGAGACAUUUACCUCGUCCACAAGUCAAUCGAGCAAGAGGAAAUGUCGAGCAAGACCGCCGAGCAGGGCAUGAUCCCUGGUUUCAUCACGACCUUGGCUGGCUUCUUGCGCCAGUACAAGCAGCUUUUCCUCGAGAGACGCCUGCGAAACGCGCUGAUCAGCAGUUCGACGGUCUCGCUAGCCCAGCAGCUGUGCGGUAUCAACGUAUUGGCCUUCUACAGCGGCACGCUGUUCAGCCGCGCCGGUCAGGACGACCGGGCUGCCAUGUACUUCAGUCUCGGGUACGGGGCCGUGAACUUCGUCUUUGGGCUCCCCGCCAUCCGGACGAUCGACACUCUCGGACGCAGAAAGUGGCUAUUGCUCACGCUGCCAAUAAUGGCGGUCUUCAUGCUCCUCGCGGGCGUGGCGUUCAACAUCAAGGAUGACACUGCUCAGAUCGGCGUCGUGGCUCUCUUCCUCCUCCUCUUCGCGGCGGCUUACUCGCCUGGCCUGGGCCCGAUCCCGUUCACCUACGCGUCGGAAAGUUUCCCCCUCUCGCACCGCGAAGCCGGCGCUGCGUUCGCCAUCGCGGUCAACCUCGGCUUUGCGGGACUCUUGUCCAUCUUCUUCCCGAGCAUCAACUCAGGGCUGGACGAUGACGGCGCGCUUUACCUGUUUGCGGGGCUCAAUAUAGUUGCGUUAGUUCUGGUGUUUCUGCUGUUGGAGGAGACCAAGCGACGAAGCCUUGAGGACUUGGACUUGGUGUUUGCGGUAUCGAAGCACAAAUUCAUGCACCACCAGGUCGCCGAGUACCUGCCAUGGUUCAUCAAGCAUUACUUCCUCAGGAGGCAUGACAUCAAGCCAAGCUUGUACACCGAUCUGAUAUGGGGCUCUCCUGAGCCGAGUCCUGGGGGAGGAACGUUCGGGGUUGGGCAGAGGUAUAGCAGUGAUACCGACAGGAGCAAGUUCGUCCGCACCGUCAGCAACGCCAACGCCACCGCCAACGUCAAUUCAAUAAGCUUACGACGAUGCUGUUUCACUGAGCAACGCCCCCGAGGAUUAAGCGGCGCACGGAGGAAAUUGACUGAUCGGGUAAUCCUCUGGGUAAACUCGUGGUUCACUCCACACAAGGCUUCGGUGGCGUGGUGUCUCGUCACCGACUCACCGCUCCACGUCCCUUGCGAAGUCCAAGCUCGACGGCGACGUGCUCCCAGCCCCGGGGCGAACGGCCGCUGUCCCCGCGAUUUUGGCGGCGUCGACCCGGAGUUCAAGCGGGAUUUGACGCUACGGGCCCCGCUAUACCCGCUGAAAGCCUUGGAUGCCGACGCUAAUUGGCCCCCGGGUCGGUUCUGGAACACGAAAACGAGCGAUAGUGUGGCCGGUGCAAGUCACGCUGGCCUUCUUCAGACAGUUGAUGAUGUGUUGGAGCAGCAUCCCGUCCGCCGCGGCUCUGGACUCGACCUCGCACCUAUCGUCCCUCGUGCUCUCCUAUCUGGACCUCUUUUUCUGCCAAGCAGCAGACCGCACAACCUCUCGACACCGCAUCACCCGGGCGCUGUCAAGAGCCGAUUAUCACACUGCCCAAGGAAACCACUUCGAAGAAACGCCGUCAUGUCUUCGUUGCGAUUGACCAUCGAGGACGGCCAGUUCCGCGACGGCUACGGCAGACAGGUCGUCCUCCGGGGUCUCAACGUCGCCGCCGACGCCAAGCUGCCCAGCGAGCCAGACCAGCCCUCCCACGUCGGCGAGGACUUCUUCGACGGCGACAACGUCAAAUUCCACAACAGGCCCUUCCCCAAGGAGGAGGCGCACGAGCACUUCUCCAGGAUAAAGCGAUACGGCUACAACACCAUCCGUUAUGUCUUCACAUGGGAGGCCAUCGAGGCCGCCGGCCCUGGACGCUACGACGAGGAAUGGAUUCAGCACACGAUUGAGAUUCUGAGGAUAGCCAAAGAGUAUGGUUUCUAUGUCUUUAUGGAUCCCCACCAGGACGUGUGGUCCAGGUUCUGUGGAGGCUCCGGCGCGCCCAUGUGGACGAUCUACGCCUGUGGUCUCAACCCCCAAAGUUUCGCAGCGACCGAGGCUGCCAUCGUACACAACACCUACCCGAAGCCAGACGAGUUCCCCAAGAUGAUCUGGUCAACAAACUACUGGCGCCUGGCUGCCGCCACUAUUUUCACCAUGUUCUUUGGCGGCAGGGACUUUGCGCCCAAGUGCAUUAUCAACGGUAUCAACAUUCAAGACUUUUUGCAGGGCCACUUUGUCGCUGCCUGUGCGCACCUUGCGAAGCGUAUACACGAGGCCGGCGACCUCGAGAACGAGGUGGUCGUGGGUUGGGAGAGCAUGAACGAGCCUGGGUGUGGUUUGGUGGGCUACGCCGACGUCAGCGUCAUUCCCAACGCACAGAAACUCAAGAAGGGCUCGUGUCCGACCAUCUGGCAGACUAUUUUGACAGGUUCUGGUCGUGCCUGCGAGGUGGAAACUUGGGACAUGGGUGGCAUGGGCCCGUACAAGGUUGGCCGCUCGUUGAUCGACCCCCACGGCGAGAUUGCGUGGUUGCCCGCGGACUACGACGACUCGAGGUACGGAUGGAAGCGUGACGAGGGAUGGAAGUUGGGAGAAUGCGUCUGGGCCCAGCAUGGUAUCUGGGACCCCAAGACGGACACACUACUCAAGAAGGAUUACUUUGCGAAAAACCCGAACACCGGAAAGACGAUCGACCACCCGGAGUUUACUAACACCUAUUUCAUGCACUCUUAUCGCCUCUACAGAGACGCCAUCCGCCCUAUUCACAAGAACUGCAUCAUGCUCAUGCAGUAUCCUACACUGGAGCUGCCGCCACAGAUCAAGGGCACCGAGGACGACGACCCGUUGAUGGGCUUCUCGCCACAUUGGUACGAUGGUAUUACCCUGAUGACGAAGCGAUGGAACAGAGUUUGGAACGUUGAUGUCGUGGGCGUGCUACGUGGGAGAUACUGGCACGAGGCGCUGUCGGUCAAGGUCGGAGAGACUGCGAUUCGCAACUGCUUCAAGGACCAGCUAGCAUCGCUGCGCCAGGAGGGAAUUGACCGCAUGGGCAAGCAUCCUUGUGUUAUGACCGAGUUCGGCAUUCCUUACGACAUGGGUGACAAAAAGGCAUACAAGACGGGAGAUUAUACGGAUCAAUCACUAGCUUUGGACGCCAACUACUUUGGAGCCGAAGGGUCGGGCAUGGAAGGUCACUGUUUGUGGGUCUACGUUGCAAAGAACACACAUCAACACGGCGAUUUAUGGAACGGCGAAGACUUGUCAGUGUUCUCAUUAGACGACAAGACGCUGCCCAUGUCGCCCCUCCCCCGAAGCCCGGAACCCAGACAGUCGGCAGAAAACCCCCGUACCUCCAUCAGCAGAGACGUACCAGAUGAGACGAAGGUCACCCCCGAUAACCUCCAGAAGACAAUCACAAACCCGUCCAUCUCGACAGAGCCAACCAAGGACCCUACCAUCACCAACGCGCCAGGCCUCCGCGCCGCCGAAGCCUUCGUCCGCCCCAGCCCUGUCGUGGUCUCAGGCGACGUGCUGCAGUACGGCUUCGACCUGCGCAGCUGCACCUUCAACCUCAGACUCAAGGCCGCCGCGCCACCCUCAGACCCCGCACCGACGGUCGUCUUCCUCCCCGAGUUCCACUUCCCGCAAGACAACUGCCAAGUCGAGGUGUCGUCCGGCAAGUGGGCCAUCAGCAUGGACGAUGACGAGGGCCCGCUCGUGCAGAAGCUGAAGUGGUGGCACGGCGACGGCGAGCAGACGCUCAAGGUCAGCGGCCUGGUGAGACAGCACAACGUCGCGGAGGGUUCCGAGGAGGAUAUGGGCUACCUCGAGCAGUGCCAGAAGAACUACGCCAACUGCAGCGUGAUGUAG